UAGACCUGCAGGUCUGUAGAAACGUGAGAGCAGCAGCAGAGGACCCUUAAAGAAACACAUAGAGAAAUAUCACUCUAACAGACACACACACUCAUAAAGACAGAGAAAAGGGGAAAGGACCUGAAGCUGAGCAGACAGACUUGUUCAAAUCUCCUACAUAUUCUCAGGCGGCAGCAGCAUGUUUUGGUGGAGAAUCCCUGAGGCGGCGUUUCUGCUCUCUGCGUGCGCGUGUAUCACCCUUGCCUACGAGGAUGACAUCGACGUCAACUACGCUGACAACUACUAUAAUGAAAUCACAGAUAGAGAACCACCGGCACCCACACCGAGUACAGCUCCCUGCAAUUCUCCAGACCUGACAAAAUGGGACAAACUCUUCUCCAUGUUGGAGAACAGCCAGAUGAGGGAGAACAUGCUGCUUCAGCAUGCCGAUGAACUCGUCAGGGUUGAGUUGGGGUCAUUGCGUCAGGACUUGCUAAGGUUUAUAGCAGAGUAUGGAAGGUCCUGUGGGGCUGCCAUGGACACAGCGGGAAGACGGAUAUAUUUGCAGCUGGAGGGCAGUCUACAAGAGACUCUGGAGCGCUUCAAGCUUGGUGAUCUGACCUCUGCUGCUGGGAACUCUGUCAGGAAUGCCAAACACCUGGAGGCCCAGAUCCAGCAACUUCUCUCUGCGGCACAUAUCCAAACAACCAGGCUUGCCAAGCUGGAGAGCAGCUGCCUCAGCGGCAGCAGCGAGGGAGCUGGCUUGGGGUUGAAUGGCAAAAAAGGAUUCCCGCUCCAAGAAGUGACGCCAGGAGCGGCUGCUUUAGACACGGUGCUAGCUGAGCUGCAAGCGGUGAAGGACAAGCUGGACGAAGAGCUGAACUUAUCAAGGCAAAGACACCUGCCUGCAGGAUGCGAGAUGGCCCUCCUGUUCCCUAUGCGCUCCCGUCGGAUUUACACUGCAAUCUUUCCAGAUGUCCAUCCGUCCCCGUCCACCUUUACUAUCUGCAUGUGGGUGAAGCCGACUUCGGUCUUCAACAAAACUGUCCUGUUCUCCUUCGCACACCGUCGAAACCCCUUUCAGAUCCAGCUGCAGCUCGCCCAGACCUCCGCCCUGUUCACCGUCGGAGAGGAAGCUAAUCAGGUGGAGGCAAGGAGCGUGGUAAGCCAGGGACAGUGGACCCACUUGUGUGGCGCCUGGUCCUCCGAGCAAGGCCUGGCGACCCUGUGGGUGGAUGGGAAGAAGGCGGCGUCUACCACCGGUAUGGCCAAGGGACGCACCUUACCCAAGGGAGGCUCCCUGCAGCUGGGGCAGGAAACAAACGGCUGCUGCCCUUUGUCUUCAACCGGAGGGAGCGUUGUAGUUGGGUUUGAGGGAGGUUUUGAUCCAAAGCUUGCAUUUGCUGGAAAGAUGACGGGGGUGAACAUGUGGGACUCUAUGCUGUCAGAGGAGGAAAUUUCCCAGCUAGCAGUUCAGCCAGGCCAGGGCUGCCAGCACAGAGGGAGCACAGUGGCCUGGGGGGUGACAGAGAUGGUGCCACAUGGAGGAGCUCAGUUUAUCUAUUGAUCUACCUUUUUAAUGCUCAUAAUCAUUCCUAGCAUAAAUAUCCUACAGGUUAAUAAAGGUCGGGCUGAAACUGAGGACACAAAAGUGUUUCAUCACCUUCAGUGUUCAUUAAUAUCUCCAUAUAACACAGGCUGGCAUUUUCUUCACCAUCUUUACUGAUAUUAUCGUGAAUCUUAGAAGAAAUAAAAACACACCAAUGCUGUGAGAGACUAAACUUUGUGCUUUUAACAUAUCAUUUCAAACGGAUUCAGUUCAUUCAGUUUAGCAAACCUGACGGGUUGCCAGAAACGUGCUGCAAGCAGCAUUUGCCAAAUACUUAAUUGGAGUGCAAGAAAGACAAAGAGCUGCUGACUCAGUGUGCUGACUCAGCGAACAGAACAAUGGCCAAACAGCCGAGCAGAAACAAGAGGUCAUGCACAUCAACAAGAGAUUAUCCUGUAAUUGCAGGCUAAUGACAUUUUUCCCUUUUUUACUUCUGAGGAUUUCACAGAAACGGCAAGUGCAGUUAACCUGAGAAGUAAAACAAGUUGUGUUUCCUUGUGUGUUUGAACAGGAGCCACAAGCACAGGGGAAAAUGUUGCUCUAUUUUCCCCGGAGUCUUACCAGUCAAGGCCACUUAAUAUGUUUUAAUUCAUUAAAUUCAAUCACAUCUUUUUAGAAUACCACAGUAAUAAAACACUCUCUUGAUUAAAAGCUGCUGUACUUGCCUUCCUUUUAGAUGUGAACAACUAGAAUGUAGAAGUAAUUAUUAUUUUGUUAUGACAUUAUGAAUCUGUAAAAAAAAAUAAAAAAUUUAUAGCACAAAUAUAUUUUUAUGAUAAAAAUACUAUGCUCAUUUAAGUGUUUACAUUGAUGUGUCAUGAAUAAUUGUUUGUGCUUUUUCUUAUUUGUGCUCUAUGAUUAAAGGAUUUUUUUCUUUUGUCUUUUUGGAACGAAUAAAGUAAAAAUGUUAUUUUGAAUAUGUUUGCGGACAGUGGGGACGAUGUUUACACGGUCUAAUCUUGCAUGUUUAAGCUUGCAUACUAUGUUGCUUGUAUUAUACUGUAAAUUGUUUGGUUCAAGUGAACAAAUAAAAACAGAAUGUAUUUUGUAAAUAAAUAUUUUUGCAUAACAUUAAUGAAUAAAUGGAAAGCAGCGUAUGAAUAAACAUUUAAAGUUAAAGUAUAGUUUUUACUGGAUAAAAGCUUUUGUGGUCAUUCAUUAAAAGAAGAAUAAAACAUUAAAAGUCA